AUGCAUUUAACUUAUAGUAAUUCAUCAAAAAGAAGGUUCGAUGACGAGGAAGUGACCAAUAAGAAAACAAGGCCCGAGAUACUGGACGAAGUGAAACUGAAAAUUACAACUUCUAAUGAAUGGCCAGUAUAUGCUCAUCCUCAAGGAGGCUCAAUAAAGCUUACUCCAUGGGGUACUCUUCGUACAUAUCUUAAAGAUGAUGGAGAAGAGGUUGUUAAGUUCGAAGAUACAUCAUUUAGUGAGUACUCAUAUAUCGAUGAUAACAAUGAUACUGAUACCCCACGUCCUCCUCCAACAGCCAAUCUUAAUGAUGGCGGAGCUGAUUCAGAUACAGCCAUGCCCUCUACUCCUCAAAGUUUAUAUGGUAACGCGAACAACAACAAUAAUAAUAUGUUACCUCUGACGAUGUACAGUUCAACCAGUGCUAACCAGGCAAUUAUACAGAACCAAUAUGGAACAUCCGGGUUCCGUUUGAGUCCUUCCGAAGAAGCAGAACUGUAUGUCAUAAAUGGCUAUAAUAGAAUGUCAACACCACCCAAUGGUACAGGAGAACUUGGAUAUUCCCAGGAACAGGAACAUUACUUGGGUAUAGUUCAACAUGAAGAGUUUGAUGAAAGAGAAAUGGAGAUGGAAUGA